AUGAAUAAAUUUCGAUUAAACUUUUAAGAUUAACAAUUAGAAAAAAAAUUUUAAAAAGAAAAAUUAGAAUCUAUAUAGUUUCCUCUAACGCAAUCCUUAUGUUUUGGAGGCAUUAUAAUAAUAAUAAUAACGCUUGUUAAUUAGUAUUAAACAAAAGUUUAUCAUAAUCUAUAUUAAGUAUUUUCAUUAUUGAUAGCGUUUAUUCUUGGUUUAUUGAUAAGCAGAAUUAAAAAGAAGCACUCUAUCAAAUUCUUAAUUUUCAUAUAUUUUGCAAUAAUCUUAUAAGAGUUAAAUUCAGAGCCUGAUUUUGAUACUUAUGAUGGAUUUUUGAAGGGAUGCAAUUUUAUGAUUGUUCAUGCUAUUAUAGGAUUUGGUUUAGAUUUUGUACCAUCGACUUUAGUUAAUAUUUUAUAUACAAUUAUAAGAAUAUUGAUAAAUUACUUUAAUUCUGGGUAAUUAUUGCCAGUAUAGUAUACACUUACAAUAGCAACAUCAAUUGCUUACAGUUAUUUAAUUUAUAAAAUUGAAUAUUUACAUAGAUCUGCAUUUUUAUUCAAAUUUAAAGAUGAUAAUUGGGGUAAAAUAAAUAAUAAUUUGAAGAAUCACUGAUACCAAAGCUUAUUACAAAACCAUUUGCCAUUCUUAGGUUUAGAAAAGAGAUUUUGCAGUUUUAGUUAAUAUCCUCUAAUAAAACCUAUGGUUAUUUCGUAAAUGAGGAGAUGACAAAAUAGUUCAUAAAUUAAUCUUCAGUUAGAUAAACUAACAACAGUCUUUUAUUGUAUCUUUAUAAAAUUCAUGAAGAAUACUCAACUACAUCAGAAAUUAAGGAUACUCAAUUUUCUUUAGAUCUGAUUUUUGAGGAAAAAAAAAUCAAAUUACACUUAAUUCUAAAUAAAUUUGAAGAAUUAAAUUUUAUUAUGAUUUUGGAAUCUGAAGAUGUUAUAAUAAAAAAUUAAAAGCUUUAGUAUAAUAUUUGUUUAAAGCAUUUAAAAAACAACCAUUUGAAACAGUUGACAAUAUCUUAGCAUGUUUUAAAAAAAUUUUUAAAAUCAAAGAAUACAUCUUUAAUAAUUUAGUAUCGGCUAUCUUUAUUUUAGUAUUAAAUAUUAAAGUGUUAGAAAUUAUUAUUUAAUGAUGCUGUUAUUAAUCUUAGUCAAUUUUAUACAAGAGUCUUAAAUUAAUUGUAAUAAUAUUACAAAAUAAGCUUUCUAAUUGAAGAUAAUAUGGCCUAAAUAACAUCUAAAUAGCUUCAUUUGCUUUUUAUUUUUGAACUGAUUAAAAAUGCAAAUCCAUAAUCAAAUAUUUCUAUAAAAAUGCAUACAAAUCAAGAAAAAAUAAUGUUCAUUGUUUCAGGAUUAAACUAAUUUUAAAAAUCUUAAUUGUUUAAUUUAUGUUUCAAUACUUUAAUUGAAGAAUAUUCUUAUUAUCAACAAGGUAAUAUCAAUUAAUUAAUUUAGCUCAUUUUUUUACAUUCAAUUAAUGUCCUAUUUUUUCUUUUAAUGA